AUGAAUGCAUGGGAUGCUCAUUCUGGCGAAAAGGUACAAGUAACACCUUCUUCACCAGAACCUAUCAAUGCUUGGGAGAGCAAUAAGCAAGAGUUGCCAUCUACCGAUCAACCACUACAUGCUGCUAGUACCAACAUAGACAUUCCUUCACCUUCGCCUGCUGUACUUGAUGCCAGUUCUGAUGACCCCACCUCUCGUGAAAACCCUAGCUUGCCACGAUUUCUUCUUCGUAUCUGGCAAUUCUUUGCUGCUAUCGGUGCCUUUGGGUUCCAAGUGGGUGCAUCGCCUUACUCUGAAGAGCCAAUGCCCUUUGGAAAACCAGACUUACUCUAUUAUGGCUACGUUAUUUGUUGGCUGUCGAUUGUAUGGAGCUCAUUCAACGUAUUUGUAUAUUUGACGAGACGAUUUGGAAAAGGCAACAAGAUCAAGCGCUUUGUGUCUACGCUUUUAGAUCUUGUUUUAGCUGCAUUAUUCGGUGUCUGUGUAUUCUACGAAAUCGCAACGUAUCACUGCAAACCUGGCAUGCAUAAUGGAUGGUGUAAUUUCUACAACACAGGCUUGUUCUUUUUGAUGUCGCUGUUCCUGACUUAUGUCUUACAUGCAUUGUGGGAUAUCUUUGGUGCCAUGUCCUGUUUGAGAAAAUAG